AUGAGCUUGAGAUUCAGUGCCUUCGGCGACCAGAGUUAUCUAUCCCCGUUUCGGUGUACUUUGUCCGUGCUCGGAUCUCCUCUGAAUGACACUACUGGCCAUUCGUCUGAUCGGCUGGGUGUCUCUGGCGCUGAAGAUAUCGCACCCGAACUGCGGGAUCGUUUAUCUCGGUUGGACAUGGGCGAGCCACCUUUGAACAAUGGCACGGAGGACGACUGGAGCGCCGAUGGGUCCGCGUCGACGUUGCACGCGCCAACCGUGAAACAAUCCCCACUCUCUAUCGCCCAGCCAAAUGGUCCCUCAGGUCGGGGGAUUUGGAUGGACCGCAGCACUAGUGAAACUGUCCACUCUCUUUACACUCGUCUCGGGUAUCUGCUACGCGAGACAGUGGAACUACAUGCCCGUUUGGGCGCCCUACUUCCGCACACUACACCGAGCACUUCGUUUGAAUAAUACUUUUGCGAUACCUUUAAUCAGCCUAUCUCACUACCUUUUUUCAUGACCUGAAAACUUUGUCUCCUCCGUUUCAUGUUCCAAUCUUCUGUGCACGUCUCAGCCAUUCUGCUUACGUCUACCGAUGGGUUCGGUUCGUACGAUGUUCGUCUUUUACUGUACAGUAUUUUUUAUGAUCUCCACAGCCUUCUCUACUUGCAUAUGUCUUUCUGCUCAUUUUUAGUUUUCCAAUAAUUUUUAACUUGAGUGUGCUGUACCACCAAUAACUCUUGGAGCGCGCAGAGCUCCAUAGCUGCCACGUGUAAGUGUUUUGUCCAAGGCAAGCCAACAACGUCAUCUGACGUUGCCAUUCAAAUGUAUAAGAGGCUAAUCAGUAAUACAUCCUAAAUUCUUCA